UAAAUACUCACCUGUGUGAGAGACUGCAUAAAUCCUAAAAGACUGCAAGGUGGCAAUGUCUCGGGAGCCCACCCCACCUCUGCCUGGAGAUAUGUCCACUGGUCCUAUAGCAGAAAGCUGGUGUUACACACAGGUUAAAGUAGUAAAAUUUUCCUCCAUGUGGACCAUUAGUAACUUCAGUUUUUGUCGAGAGGAAAUGGGUGAAGUACUAAAAAGUUCAACAUUUUCAUCUGGUCCAAGUGACAAAAUGAAAUGGUGCCUGAGGGUAAACCCAAAGGGAUUAGAUGAUGAAAGUAAAGACUACUUGUCCUUGUAUUUGCUUUUAGUCAGCUGCCCCAAAAGUGAAGUUCGAGCAAAAUUCAAAUUUUCCCUUCUGAAUGCUAAAAGGGAAGAAACAAAAGCAAUGGAAAGCCAAAGAGCAUAUCGAUUUGUUCAAGGGAAGGACUGGGGAUUUAAAAAAUUCAUUCGAAGGGAUUUUUUGCUUGAUGAAGCUAAUGGUCUUUUGCCAGAUGACAAGCUUACAUUAUUUUGUGAGGUGAGCGUGGUUCAAGAUUCAGUAAAUGUAUCAGGAUAUACUAAUACAAAUACUUUAAAGGUGCCUGAAUGUCGACUCGCAGAAGAUUUAGGUACUAUGUGGGAAAACACAAGAUUUACAGAUUGCAGUUUUUUUGUGAGAGGACAAGAAUUUAAAGCUCAUAAAUCUGUGCUUGCAGCACGAUCCCCAGUUUUUAAUGCAAUGUUUGAACAUGAAAUGGAAGAAAGCAAAAAGAAUCGAGUGGAAAUAAACGAUUUAGACCCUGAGGUUUUUAAAGAAAUGAUGAGAUUCGUUUACACAGGGAGAGCACCAGAUCUUGAUAAAAUGGCUCACAACUUGUUGGCAGCUGCAGACAAAUAUGCACUGGAGCGGCUGAAGGUCAUGUGUGAAGAAGCUUUGUGUAGUAACCUCUCGGUAGAAAAUGUUGCCGAUACCCUUGUCCUUGCAGAUUUGCACAGUGCAGAACAGUUGAAAGCACAAGCCAUAGACUUUAUUAAUAGGUGCAGUGUACUUCGACAACUUGGGUGUAAAGAUGGGAAAAACUGGAACAGCAACCAAGCCACUGACAUCAUGGAAACACCAGGGUGGAAGUCCAUGAUUCAGUCCCACCCCCACUUAGUAGCAGAAGCCUUCCGAGCACUAGCGUCUGCGCAGUGUCCACAGUUUGGCAUUCCACGCAAACGGCUAAAGCAGUCCUGAAAUCUUCCAUGAACAGUAGAAAAAAAAUGGAAUUGACUUUUCAGGUCCAGAAGGAUUCUAAUAUACAAACCAUAAGCCAGAGUUGUUUCUGUUUUCUUGUCUGCAAAACAGAAGCUGAAAAGGCAUAUUGCUUGCAUUUCAGGUGGAUAAUUUAUGGUUUAUACUUCAGCUUUAAAUUAGACUGAUUAAUUCACUUCAAGGCCUUAAAUUAUCUUCAGUGACUUCUCUUGUUCAUAUAAUACUUUAAUUUUUUUAUUGUGCCUUGUCAUUUUGACCAAGGCUAUGCAGGAUUGCACUGGCUCCAUAAUGCAGUAAUAUUGAUAACUGAAGAUAAUAAAUUUCAAAAGGAUCUUCCAUUAUUUUGAGAAAGGAAAAAUGAAUUUUAUAUGACUUGUCCUAUGUUAUCUCAAAAUUUAAAACUAAGUUCUCCUUAAAAGCACUUGUAUUGAAGAUUACCAGUAAUGUUUCCAGUCUAAGUUCUGUAAAUAUAGGAGAACCUGCUUACCUUAAAGGUAAGUUAUGGCAAUACACUGCUUCAAUUCUAAUUUAUUUUUCAUUUCAAGGGGCAAAUAUGCAAUGAGUUGGCCGAAAUUAUACUAAAAUUUGUGAUGUUUGUUUGUGUGUUAGCUGUCCAAGAAACUGGGUUUAUCCAAGUUUACAGUGAUGGAGAAAUGACUGAGGUUAUUAAGAUUUCAAUAAGAAAGCAUGUUUUGUGCAGAAGUAAUUUUUUAAUUUAUAAUUAUCUACAUUUAUAUGAAGAAUUCUGUACAUGUUAAAAGUAAGGUUGACCAAAUGUAAAUGUAAUGAGUGGGCCAAGUAAGAAAAAUAUAUAUGCACUUUUAAUGUGUAACUUUUCUAUGCUGAAUGGUACAUAUAUUUUUUUUGCUUUUGAGGGGAUUGAUAAUGUAUAAUUCUGUUUUAACUUUUGAAAGAAUUUUUUUUAAGACGGAGGGAGGCAACUAGAAUGAUUGUGAUAAUUGAUAAGAAAGAGAUCUUUGAUUAUAGGUAAAUUGGUUUCGAUUUCAGAUAUUCCUUAUUGAAUUUAUUCCUCUUUUAUCAUACUUUGGAAAAAGUACCUGAACAGUAAAUGAAUCCUGGACAGUCUGCCCUCCUUCAAACAGUGAACAAAGAUUAUUUGCCCAUGGGAGAUGCAUAGUAAAGGAGAGAACACUUAGAACCCAAAGGGUCCGUCUACACUUGGGACUGUCGAAGCCUGUCAGUCCAAGCUUUGUUUUCCCAUUACUUUCUCCUUUGUAUUUCACCCACUGUACUGACAUUGUGGAUUAUUGAAAUUCUGCAUAAUGUGAACAGGAUAAACUAUUUAUAAACUGCUUUUCAUGGGCCAGUUCUUUAUUGUAAGUGAACUUUAGCUUUAAACACACAGAAGUGUUCACUGAUAGUCAUGAGGUUUGUUCUGGGGCCUUGUCCUGGAGAAGCAGAUGUGAUCUGUGUCAGAGCCACGUCUGACCUCCUGUCACAGUGACAGUGUGCUUCUUAGGCAAGUUUUAUAUUUGACCACAAAGGGAAAAGUGUGUCACUGGAAAAAAAUGUGCAGACUUGCGUCUUUGCAUAUAUAACUUUAUUCUCCAUAGUAAAAUCUGUUUAUUUAGUUUUUCAUUCAGGACAAAGAAAAACGAUAAAACUUAAGGGUAUAAAAUAGGUGUUAUUUUGCUCUUUGUUAGAUGUUAACUAAAGUGAUCCUAAUGUAUUAAGAACGAUUCAUAUUUACAUUGAACAAACACUGUCCAGUAAGCAUUUAUUAUUCACAACAAAUUAGAGUUUUAGAAAGAUCAUAUUUUCAAUUAUCUUAGUUUAAUCGAGCCUUUGCUCUGUAACUUACAUUUAAAAUUUGAAAAAUCACUUAGGAUAGAAGAAAGAUUCUCACCUAGUAAUGGAUUUUAUCCUGUGUAAGAAUAUAAUGGCAAGAAGAAAUUCACUUUCUCAGUUUCACCUUAAGAUUAAGCCUGUUUAAUGUACAAUUUUAUUUGUUCAUUAGUGUUUUUUGAGAUAGGGUCUUGCUGUGUAAUCCGGGCUGGCCUUGAAGUCA